AAGGGGCGUGGGUAUGAUUGUGACCACACCCUUUUAUUGAAUAGCCUAGAUCCGGAAUUGUCACGUGUACUUCUAGCUCCACGAGGCAAAGGAGAGGCAAAAAGCUACUGAAACUCACCCUGAAGUCCUUCAAGAUCUCAAGCUGCUUCCACUUCAAGAAGAUGUCUGAAGCUCAGUCUGAAGGAUUAUUGCAGGAAUCUUCAUUUUCCGAAGCUGAAAAGGAGGCACAGCAAUUAAUGAAGGAUGCUCUUCCCCCGUACAUAGUAAAGUGCUUUACAACCGCAGGAUUUGAUACAAUGCAAGUCAUUUUGAAAAUGGAUGUAAGUGAUGAGCCGGGAAAUUCGAUUGAACAAAUAGAACAAUUUAUCUCUGAUGAACACCCUGACCUUUUAACUUCGAAAAGCAAAAAACCACCUGGGCACAGGAUUAGAAUACAGCAGUUUGUUAGUGAGCUAUGUGCUAAGAAACAAUCACUUGGAAAGAUAGGUCACAGUGGACAUAAAAAUAAAGCAUCAAAGAGAACAAGAUUAAGUGAUACAUCAGAUACAUCAGAUAAUACUUCAGAUUUUAAGGACAGUGAUCAAGUUAGUAUUAUAGGUAUCAUUCGACAUUGCCAUUGGGCAACAUUGGCGAUUGAAGACAACGAUAUUAAUCUGUACGAUUCCGCAUACUCUUCUAUUAGCAAAGAGACUAUGAAAACGAUCGCCAACUUGGCUCAGUGCAAGAAUGACUCGUUUACUGUCAACUUAAUGAACAUUAAAAAUCAAACAGGAAUCGCGGAUUGUGCUCUGUACGCAAUGGCAGUGGCCACCUGCUUGAUUCUUAAGGAUGACCCAACUACUGUUGUGUUUCACCAAGAUGAGCUAAGAACACACGUUUGUCAGUGCCUAGAAAAAGGCACGAUAACACUGUUCCCUAUGAAGAAGAAGAGGAGGCAUGUUAGCCGAGUGUGUAGAACAGAGACUUUAUCAGUGUACUGUUACUGUCGCAUGCCAGAUCAUGGCCAACUAAUGGUACAUUGCAGCCAAUGUGAUGACUGGUUUCAUCGAUGCUUACAAAAGAUACCUGAUGAUGAUAUAGAUUUUAUUUGUAACAUUUGUAGUAGCUAUAAUUAUAUUAAUUAUCAGUAGUCCAUGUAUACAAAAUAAU